GAACAUUUAGCGUCUCGUCAGGAUAACAACGGCAUCAAUAUGAACUUCAAUUUAAUAAAUUCAUAAUUGUUUACAAAUUAAAGAGUUAAUAUUAACUAAGUCGGGAAGGAGGACAUCGACGAAAAGCACCUAAAACAUGAGUCGUAACCGGGCGUACAGCCAGCAGCAGAGGCUGAUGUCUCAGAGGCAGAACCAGGAGCAGCACCGGCAGGAGGAGGCCGGGCGCGCGGACAGAGAGCGGCAGCAGCAGGCCGGGCUGCGGCACGAGGACAGCUUCGAGAGGAAGAGGCUGAUGAGGCAGGUGAAGGAGGAGCUGAGGGACAGACAGGUGGAGGCCGCUCUCAUCCAGGCAGAGGAGCAGAGAGCAACCAGAAUACAACAACUAGAACAAGAGGAGAGGUUGGCUAAAGAGCUGGCCCGCAUCAACUGUGAGACCCAAAGAGAAGAGAAAAUGAGGCAGCAUAUUAAAGAGAACAGCAUGGAGCUUCGAGAGCUGGAGUCGAAGCUGAAGUCUGCCUAUCUGAAUAAGGAGAGAGCUGCGCAGAUUGCUGAGCAUGAAGCUAUGAGGCUUGAGACAAUGCGCGAGGUGGCAGAUUUUGGACGCAAGAUGAAGAGUGAACUUGAGCGAGCGGCCGCUGAGAAGCUGAAGCUGGAGCAGAAACAUCUGGAGGAAACGGUAGAGUAUCAGAGAGAGCUGGAGCUGCAGCUCAUGGAGAAGGAGCGCAAGAGACAAGAGGCGUACGAGGAGUUCCUCAAAGAGAAGCUCCUGGUGGAUGAGAUCGUCAGAAAGAUUUAUGAUGAGGAUCAGAUGGAGAGGCAGCUGAAGCUGGAGAAGGUCAGAGCCACUCAGCAGCACAUCGAAGACUUCAAGAAGCACCAGGCGGAGUGGAGGCGCAUGGAGCGAGAGAGGAUGGAGGCGGAGAACAGGCGCAUCAUGGAGUUUGCGAGCCAGCAGGAGCACAUGGAGGAGAGCAAGAUGGCCAAGAUCAGAGAGAGAGAAGAAGCAAAGGAGCAUCUUCAUAAAAUCCUGUCUGAGAAAAUGGAAGCGAAAAGGCAGCAGCAAGAAGAGAUGGAGCGAGUCCGUGAGGAACUUCAUUCAGAAGAACAAGAAGAGGCUCACAGGCAGAAAGAAAUUAAAGAGAUGGAAAAGAAAAUCCGCCAGAGGCUGACGAUGCAGCAGACCUGCCAGGAGCAGAUGGCCUUCAAAGAGAUGCGAAGGCAGGCAGAGAAAGACGAAGAGGAGGCCUUCAGGAAAAUAAUGAUGGCUAAGUUUGCCGAGGACGAUCGUUUGGAGCAGAUGAACGCCCAGAAACGACGCAUGAAGCAACUCGAGCACAAACGGGAGGUGGAGAAACUGAUAGAGGACAGAAGAAGGCAGCAUGAGGCGGACAAGGAACUGGAGGCUAAAGAAAAGGCGAUUGAGGAGGAGAGGCAGGCGCUGCGUCGGCAGAUUAUCGAAGAGGAGAGGCAGCGACUUCUUAAACGCCACGCAACAAAACUCCUUGGAUACCUCCCAAAGGGCUUGCUCCGUGAAGACGACCUGCAGCACUUUGAUGAAGACUUCAGAAAGAACUUUGAAAAGCGUCCGGCAGAUAUCUCCUCUGAGGACGGCUGGGAGGACGAUCAGUAGACGUUUGAUCUGAACUUCAUGACACUAGAUGGCAUUUUAGAGUUACCUUGGUAGCAAUUG